GGUGAGAAAACUUCCGAUCAGCGGUUUCUUUAUAAAUAUUACUCAUAUCAUCACUUUCUUCUGCAAUUCAUUUCACUAUCAUAUCUAAAUCUUUAAAGGAAAAAAAAAAGUUUCGUCAAUUUCAAUUACAUCUUGUUUCCACAGAUUUUAAAAUGGCAGCAUUAAUGCAAAAGAUUACAGUUCUUGUUACCGGGGCUUCAGGUUUAACUGGUGAGAUUGCAUUCAAGAAACUGAAAGAAAGAUCAGACAAAUUUGCAGCAAGGGGUUUAGUAAGAUCGGAAGCAAGUAAGCAAAAACUUGGGGGAGGUGAUGAAAUUUAUCUUGGUGAUAUAAUGGAUAAGAAAAGUCUAAAACAUGCUAUGCAAGGAAUUGAUGGCUUAGUUAUACUGACAAGCGCUGUACCGAAGAUAGUACCUGGAUCAUAUCCUGGUGCUGAUGGCAAAAGAGCUGAAGAUGUGUUUGAUGAUUCAUUUGAUUACAGUGGUCCAAUGCCUGAAUUCUUUUAUGCGGAAGGACAAUACCCAGAACAGAUUGAUUGGAUUGGACAAAAGAACCAGAUCGAAACUGCUAAAGCUUGUGGCGUCAAACAUAUUGUUUUGGUUGGAUCAAUGGGUGGAACAGACCCUAAUCAUUUCUUGAAUCAUAUGGGCAAUGGAAAUAUACUUAUUUGGAAGAGAAAAGCUGAGCAGUAUCUGGCUGAUUCUGGAAUCCCGUACACAAUUAUAAGAGCUGCUGCUCUAGAUAACAAGGUGGGUGGCAGGGAGUUGUUGGUUGGAAAGGAUGAUGAGCUUCUCCCUACUGAAAAUGGAUACAUUGCUAGGGCAGAUGUUGCUGAAGCUUGCGUUCAGGCUCUGCAAAUCGAGGAUUGCAAAUUCAAAGCGUAUGAUUUGGGAUCAAAGCCAGAGGGAGUUGGUGAGCCAACAAAGGAUUUCAAGGCUCUUUUUUCGCAAGUCACUACUCCUUUCUGAAAUCUGAGAUCCAAGAGCAAUUUAGUACACGUUAUGGUUGCUUGUGCUUGUUUGCAUUUUUCGCUUCUUAAAUAUACAUAACAGGAUUGCACCGAAAUAAUGUAUUACCUAUUUAAUGGUUGCUUGAAUUAAUGAAAUCGCAUUCUAAUAUAUGGGGCAGACAGAUUUGCGAUGCCGGCUUAUAGGUUUAGAUGAUCUCUUCUUGUAAUUUUUCUUCUUUCCUUUCUUUCCUUGGAGGUCAGGUCUUUGCCCCGCUCCCUUUUUGUUUUCUUUUCUUUGAUUAAUAAAGCGUCCUUGUGAGUUUUUUUUUCUUUUUUUAAA